CAUUGUGAACAUUUUCUCCGAUGGAAAGGCAAUGUACGUUGCUUGCAAGAAGGUGAUUUACAAGAAACUGUUGUCUAGCGAAGCCAAACCGUCCAUCUGGUUGAAUCUUCAACUUAAUGCAAGCAUCAAACAGGUGGUAGAUGUGGCCAUAUCAAUGAAGGACCAAACCUUCUCUUUCAUUGCUGAUACCGACGCAGCUUGCACGCAACUCUACAGGUUGAAACUGGAAGAUUUCCCAAAAUCGGAUGAACACACAGCGGUCCCACCGUGUCCUUUGAUUCCCAGUGCAAGACUCACUAUUGAUUCCCAGUCCCUCAUCGUUGUUGCCGAUAACAAGCCAGCCAUAUCAAGUUCAAGUCAGGCAACCUCAUCAGAGUCCGAACCGGUCAGCGAAACCAAACAGAAAAAACCGACAUCAUCUCCGGUUGUAGAAGGCUCUCAGACAGUAUCUGCUGUCGGCAGUGCCAAGUCUCUAAGCAAGGCAGAAGGCACCCUCUCUCCUUCGGAUUCGAAAGGAAAGGAAACAAGACCGGAAAUCCCAAAAGCAGGAUCAGACAUCUUCACAAUAUCCACGAAAAUCUAUAGGGAAAAUACUGAGAAAAGCACAUCUCAGUUAUCUUCAGAUAAUUUCGAGGUUCCACUUGAUAGGGUUAGAAGUCUUGCUGCGGCGAAGACAGGUCAGCUGGUGUUCCUGCGCGGGGACAAGAAAGCCGUCAUCAUCACUGACAAAGACGGGGGAGUCCAGCUAGAAAUCAAGGAGCCUGGCAGGAUGUACUUGUCCAUCUCCUGCACAGAGAGUGACGCCCUCUACGUUCUGUCCGCCUUCUGGGGCAGCCACAUCGUCACGCUCGCCAAGCAUUCCUUGGAAGAUGGUGGUCCCCUCGAGUACAUCAUCGACGAGCUCGACGUGUCGGCAGACUUCCAGUCAGACGAGUGGCCAGUCAUUGGUAACUAUGGAAACGACCUCGUGAUCAUGCACACGGGGGAUGGGAUUCGUGUUUUCUCGGCAGAAGAUUGGGAUAUAUUAGAUGACAAAGACGCCAAUGGCCAAGACCAAGAUGACGAUAAGGAGGAGGAUGUUUAGGGUGUUGAAUAAGGAUUCCUGGUUUUAAUGGAGAUAAAAUCCAAUGCAUAUUCAGAAUAUGGAAAAGUUUUAACAGGGUAAUGGUUAUAACAGGUAAACAGUAUGUUUCUUUUAUGAAUACAAUCAAAUCUUAGUCCGUUUUACUUUCAAGAUUUCAGAUAUAAUCGGUGACCAGUCGCCAUUCUUUACGUUACAUACUCACAUGCAUUAUUCAUAUAACAUUUAAUAAUCAUUAUUACGUUCAAAUCAACUUCGAUUAGCGAUUCUGGUAAUCAUCAGAAGAGGUGAUAUCUCUUUCAAAGAACAAAUAACAUUCGUGGUUUUUUCUUCUUUAACUUGAAGAUCUAUCAUUCUAUACUUUGAGGGUCUGUAAAUACAGCCAAGGAGCAUCAUGUGCCUUUACUGAUAUCAAAGUGAUAUCAAUUACCAUCCAUUUUCUCAAACUGUGAUUUGUAUGAUAGUGCGAAUGUAAAUCAUUGUAGAAAUACAUGUAUAUUUCAUUUUAAAAGUCCUGUGGAAACAAGGUAAUGAUGACAAUCAUUUCAAUUUUCACACGUGAUGCAUUUAUGUUAGUCUUUCCUAUAUAAAAGGA